CUUCACAAUCCUUUGGUGAAUUUUUCUCUGCUGGUCUGAGAAGUUCCACUAUUCUGUCAUUCACUUCAAUACACUCUCUUACUUAUAACUGUCACCCUCUCCGGUAUUCUGACCAUACAAACGCGCCUCCUCAACCUACAUCCAACAAGAUCCUCGCCAGCCUUUUUCAACACACACCAAACAAGGACUUCCCAAACAAUCAACAACAUGCUUUUCAAGCCCUCCGUCCUUCUCGCAGGUGCCUUCGCAGUUAGCGCCCUCGCUCUGCCAACCCCCAUCUGCGACGCGGACACUACAUCGACGGCUCUCACUGCCGAGAUCAUUAUCGCAGCCUCACCAGCAACUGCCUCUUGCACUGAUGCACCAUUCCCCGAGGAGUGCGCAGAUGCAUCUCGCGCCGCGGUUGCCAUCAACAAGUCUUUCCAAACGUACGAAAUCAAUUCAACCGGACAACAGGCAGCACUACUUGCAUACAUGUUAUACGAGUCUGGAUUCAAGUACAACAAAAACCACUUCCCCGGCCGACCCGGUCAGGGUACCCGCAUGAUGGCAAUGCCCGCUUACGUCAAGCUGUACGCUACCAGCGUGGUCGGCGAAGAAGCAGUCACUGAGGCUGAGGCUGUUGGAGGAGACGACGGACUGAGGGCCGUGCUUGCGUUGGUGAACAGCGACGACGAGAAGAGCUUCGGUAGCGCAGCCUGGCUCCUGAGCUCGCAGUGCACUCAGGAGGUGAAGGAUGGCCUGACAGCUCAGACGGUUGACGGCUGGCACAACUUCUUGACCGAGUGUGUUGGUACUACCGUGGCUGAUCGCGAUACUCUCUGGCUCUCUGCAAAGCAGGCCAUGCUCGGGUAGGACUCUUAAGUCGUGCUUCUUCCCAACCUAGGAUAAGGACGUCUUAUCGGUGUUUUUGUAUUUAUUGAUGAACGCAUUGCAUGUCGGAGGAACCUUGCUUAUUUUGAAGAUCUUAUGAUACCUUUAUAGUUUGCUACAUACCAAUUCAACAACAGACUUUUACAUUGUGUGAGUU